UACAUGACGAAUUUGUCGAGCUUUUUAAAGCUCUUGAAAUUAAAAACAAGAACAAAGAAAAAGAGACCAACAAUUAUGGUGACGAGAUUGGACAAAGCUCUUGAAAUUAAAAACAAGAACCAAGAAAAAGAGACCAACAAUUAUGGUGACGAGAUUGGACAAGUCAGUAAGGAUGGUGAUACUAAUUCAACCUGCGAAAAGCAUCUCCAGGACAAUCAACAAGACAAAAUCGAUGUUCAUGAUCAUGAUAAUAAUGUGGACGAUGACAAACAAGAAUAUCGUAACGUCAAUGAUGCUGAUGAAAAUAUACAACACAACAAUAUGGACAUGGUUUCUGCUGGAGAAAUGGUAUUGUACGGACAGUGGGGGUGAAAUAAUGGAGACUCAGAUGGUGGGAGUAACAAAAUCUCAAAUUAUUAAGCCAUUUACGCGUGAUGUGCCAGAUAAUAUCACACCUGUAAAUGUGCCAAGAAAGAGACGUCUAGCAGCUGUGUUUAAGUCCCCAUAUGUGAAUGAUUUUAGUUCAGGUGGCAACACAGUUGAAGAUAAGCAGAACAGUUUUGCUGCAAAUGUAAAGCUUCCUUUUGAAGCAAGUAUUACAGAAGAAGUUAGUUUUGAAAUGCUUCAUGAGUUUGCCAAAUGGGUUGAUAUUGGUCUGAAGGGAAAAAGGGGAACGUCAUAUUCGAAGAAGUUCAAAAAGUUAGUCCCGAUAUUUGAUUUUGGAGUCUCACAAAUCAAGAAAAAGUCAUGGUUUUUUGCACUAGAAUACAGUGGUGAAGCCCUUUCUAAUGCGCACAUUGAUGUCAUAUUUUACUAUUUGCGAAAGAAGGGGAAAUAUGGACGUGAUAUUCAUGUAAACUUCACCACAACUGAUUGUUUGUUUGGUGAUAAGAUAAAAGGUAUUUAUUCAAAGUUUAUUGAGACGACAGAAAAGAUGUCUAUGAUCAGCG